AUGGCGGGGAUCAUCAAGUCGGCGGUCGCCCUUUCGUUCGUGAUCCUUCUGUUGCUGUCCCGAUCUCCCGAGGGCUCGGCCAGCGCUCGCGGGAGCGCCGAGUCCGCGGAUAAAACCGUUGUUGGCCCGCGGAAACAGCGACCGUCGAGCAAAGACGUCUCGUCCGCCUUCCGAAUGAGGAAGAUUGGCGUCCACGUGAAGAAGGGCGGCGGCGGAGGCGGCGGUCAUGCGGGCGGUGGGGGUCGUGCGGGUGGCGGGGGUCGCACGGGCGGCAGUGGCUAUGGAGGUCGUGUCUGGCCAGGGGGUGGAGCUAAGCCCAACGGCGGGACUCACAGGUCCUCGGCCGUCGGAUCUCGCCUGUCACCGUCGCUCGCCUCCGCCGUUUGUUCCUCUCUUCUCCUCGGUCUACUGUUUGCUUCAGCUCUACUUUGA